AGACUAAUAUUAAGAACGAUGUCGCAGUCCUCAUCAGUCAAGCAAGGACCAAAAGCCAAAGAACUUCUCUGCAUAUUUCUUGAUCUAGUUCGUAAUUACAGUAGUCGGGGAUUAAACGAUUGUGGAAUACCAAAAUUGGAUCAUUGGAGAAACGCUAAUGCGCCAUUAGCGGCUAGUAAACUUGAAGCACUUAAAGAUUUAAUACCAGAACUUAGUGAUCGACAAUUUUCUCAAUUUUCUCUUUGUGUAAACCAUUAUAAUCAAGUUGUAGUUUCUGAUCAUUUUUACCAACAACUUUUAGGUAGUUCUAGUAACAGAUCCCGUCUUGAAGAUAGUUCUAAUAACGAUUCUACCUCUGCUUCCGAAUUUAAUGAAAUGAUUGUUGAAGAUGUAUCACGCCACUUGUUAGAUUUUGAAAUACUUGCAGAUAAUAAUAAGUAUAUAAUAACAGAAUUACAACGGCAAGUAAAAAGUAAAAAUGAUGUAAUAUCCAGGUUAAACAAGCAACUAGAAGAAUGCUAUAAAAUGAUAGCUUAG